AUGUUUGCCUUCUUUUUUGUUAUUUCGAUAUCUGUGACAUUAAAAACUGAUUUCAUAACUCACCAACCAGAUUUCCAGUACAACCCACAGCUAGAUGUUGAGAUCGCAAAAAGAAUUAAUUCACAAGUUUCUUAUGAAGCCACAACUGAAUCUGACAAGCCACGAUAUCAACGAAAUUACUUCAGAUGCGUUGUUAAAACUCUCAAUUCCGAGUUUUCCAAGUGUUACGCUUUCGGUGUCGGAUUGACAAUGGGAUCUGGAGGAGCUCUUUAUCUUUCAGUUAGUAAUCUAGACUCAAAAGACACUACAUUUAAGGAAAACCUUGCAAAUAAUGGCGGAGCUCUCUCCAUUAUUGGCGGAGAUGUUCUUAUUUCAUCAUCUACGUUUGAUAGUAACACCGCUUACGAAAAUAGUGGAUCUAUAUUCAUUUCUGCAAGUAAAUAUGGACUUUUGACAGAAAUUGAUCAAGAUGUAUUAAAACCUCAAAAUACACCACAGAAACCAAACGUUUAUAUAGGAGAAUCCACAACAUUUACAUCAAACUCUGCCAGGAACAGUGGUGGAGCCAUCUAUGUACGUUCCGCUACAGCAUUAAUUGCAAAUAAAGUUACAUUAGACCAAAACUCAGCCCAGCUUGCUGGAUCUGCCCUUUAUCUUGAUACAACACCAGCUAAUGUCAUUUCCAGUACGAUUACCUCGAACAAAAUUGAAUAUUCUCCAAUCAAUACUGGAUCAAAUACUAUUUUUGGCCAGAGAAUGUUCAAAUUAACCAACCAAGCCAAUGGUGGUGCCAUUUGUGUCUUCACACCAUCAGAGGAAACUGGAAUUUACACUGAAAGUAACACAUUCAGUAAAAAUUCAGUGACAGGACAGUACAGUUAUCUUAUGAAAGUACCUGCAGACAUGAGUUUUGCUGGUGGUGGUCCAAUCCAAUGGAUUUCCAAUGGAGAAUGCCAAUUGUCGUAUUCACCAGAUUAUCCAAAUCUCAUUGUCUCUCUGAAUUCCAAAGAUUGUGGUUCAGACAAUCCCUAUAUAUUCAUUGAGAGUAAUGGACUUGGUAUUCCAGAAGAGAAGGCUCAGAACUUCGAAGUAGUUGACUACAACAUUCAAACAAGUUAUACUCCAUACAACGAGAGAGAAAACACUCCUUCGCCAAAUCCAGAAGAAACUAAUGUUCCUGUGGAAGAAGUUCCAGGUGUUUUGGAUGGAAAGAUGAAUGGUUUCAAGACUAUUUCAGUAACUCCUCCAACACCAAGCCGAUCUCCUGUUAAAUUUGAGAUAAUAACACAUUCAGGAAAGAAUUACAGACAAAGUACAAUUACAACAAAAAUAGAAACAAUUACAUUGUCAAAGACAAUGAUUAGUAGUUUAACAACUACAUUGACUGAGAAAGAAAGAGUUACAUAUUAUGCACAGACAUAUGUACAAGUUGAAACAGAUAUUGAAACAAUUACUAUUGUUGAUGUUGAACAACCAAAUUUUCAUUGA